AUGAUCAAAUCAGGUCGUCGGGAGGGCUGGCUGUCCCUCCCUCCGCACACUUUUAAGUCAUGGACCCAACUGAACGAUAUCGAGCUGAACGGGAUCAAGUUCGCCGAGGUCAGCGGUCGAGGCACAGGCGUCAUCGCCUCGCGAAGCUUCAAAUCUAAAGAUGAACUCCGGCGUGGAAGUGUCGAGCUAGACAAGCUGAUGACCUAUGUUCCAUUAUACGAACCGGAGAUGUUAAUGAAGGUACCCCAGGAUAUGGUUCUAUCAAAGGAGACAGUUCGACGGUGGGCUGCUCAUGAUGCUCGCUUCAAAGAGCUGUUGAAUGCUUGCCCAGAAUUGAUUGAGAGGAAAGCUCGUGGAUGGAUUCUCUUGUUCCUAUUAUAUCAAGUCACGUCUUGCAAUCCUUCCACCCAAUUACCUUGCUCACGGAAUCCGUUCAUGGACUAUAUAAAAUUCCUCCCUGAAGUCUCGCUGCCGACUUUCUGGAGCCGCGAGGAGCAGAAAUUACUGGCGGGAACCACCCUCCUCCCUGCUCUCAACGCGAAACUAGACUCUCUGAAACGAGAAUUUGAAAUAUUACAUUCGGGGACCGCGAAUAUCCCUUGGUGUGCGGAUAAUUGGUGGAUACCGGAGGCCCGCUACUGGUCUGGGACGGCAUUAACGUUCGAGGACUGGCUCCAUCUGGAUGCGGCGUAUCGAUCCCGCGCUUUGGAGAUGCCAAAUAUUGGCGAUGUGAUGGUUCCGGCACUGGAUAUGGCGAAUCAUGCUAGCGAGGAGGAUAUCACGGCUCGGUACGAUGUGGACGCUGAUGGCAAUGUGAUGCUGGUGAUGAAGGAGGAGAAGACUGGUGCUGAAGGGGACGAGAUUUUCAUCACGUACGGUGAGAAGGGUGCAUGUGAAAUGUUGUUCUCGUACGGCUUUCUCGAAUCGUCCAGGACUACAGCAAGCGAACUAUUCCUUGAUCUGAGCAUUCCAGACGACGAUCCCUUGAAGUUCGUCAAAAAAACCGUAGCCACCUGUGCUCCUAGGGUCCGAAUCUUUGACUCCGAGACAGAACACCGGGAUGGUGGUCGAAAGGAUGAAACCCAAUGGGAAAGCGACUACGUCUGGUGGUCAUGCGUCAAUGAAGAGGACGGAUUGGAAUUCCGCGUCUUGCAACAGACGGACGGGGAAAGAGAGCUCGCUGUGAUUUGGAAAGGGGCUCGGGUAGAAGAUCCCAAUAUGAUUGGCCAGCAUCUGAAGGAGGAUGAGCUGCGAGAACUUUUCGAGUUACGAGCGGUGGUCAUGGUCCAAGAGCGUGUGGAGGCACAGUUGAUCAAGCUCAAGGAGAAUGGUCCGUCGGAUGCGACCGACGAUACAGAGAUACGGCCAGAGGUGAAGGCUUCCAUAACGAGACUGAGAGAAUUGGAGGGAGAGCUUCUUGAAAGGGCACAUGCAGACCUUGAGCACCAGAAACUCCGACUCGCCAACAGCGAUACCGUCGAGCACUUCCUCAGUAAUCAAGCACAACAAGCAGCGGCCCAAACAGUCGAGACGGUGAACGACGAAGAGGAAGAUGACGAUACCGAAGACUUUUCCUAA